AUGGCAGCUGAGCGCUUCCCCGCUCAUCACACGUUGCUGGAGCAGCUCCUCCCAGAGCUCAGCGUCUUGCUCAAGCUGCUGGACCACGAGUACCUGAGCUCCACGACGCAGGAGAAGAAGGUGGCCGUGGCCACCAUCCUGCAGCAGCUGCAGCCGCCGCCAGGGAAGGACGUGGACUACCUGUACGUGAACACGGCGUCGCUGAGCAAUGGCACCAGCUUCGUGGAGUCCCUCUUCGAGGAGUUCGACUGUGACCUGCGGGAUCUCCAGGACAUGCAGGAGGAGGAUGGGGACACCAGCGAUGGCAUCGGCUUGGAGCUCGCGAGGAGCCCGCCAGCAAAGAGUGUUGCUGUGGACCCUGCUCCACCACUGCCCACAACUCCUCCACCUGAGGAUUACUACGAGGAAGCGCUGCCUCUGGGCCCGGGCAAGGCCCCGGAGUACAUCACGUCCCGCAACAGCUCCAGCCCGCCCAACUCCAUCGAAGACGGAUAUUAUGAGGAUGCAGACAGCAACUACCCCGUCACCAGGAUGAAUGGGGAGCAAAAAACCUCCUACAACGACUCGGAUGCAAUGAGCAGCUCUUACGAGUCCUACGACGAGGAGGAGGAGGAGGGGAAGGGCCAGCAGCUGACACACCAGUGGCCGUCAGAGGAAGCCUCCAUGAACCUGGUGAAGGACUGCAGGAUUUGCGCUUUCCUGUUGCGUAAGAAGCGCUUCGGACAGUGGGCCAAGCAGCUCACCAUCGUGCGGGACAACAAGCUGCUGUGCUACAAAAGCUCCAAAGACCGCCAGCCGCAUGUGGAAGUGCCCCUGGGCACCUGCAACGUCAUCUACGUGCCCAAGGACGGGCGGCGCAAGAAGCACGAGCUGCGUUUCACGCUGCCCGGGGCCGAGGCGCUGGUGCUGGCCGUGCAGAGCAAGGAGCAGGCUGAGGAGUGGCUCAAGGUGAUCAAGGAGGCGAGUGGUGCGGGAGCCGGUGGCCAGGAAGCCCCCACGUCCCCAGCGAUGCUGCGCAAGACGGACCUGGACAAGCGGCUCUCGCAGGAGAAGCACACGUCCGACUCGGACAGCGUGGCCACGGGCCAGCCCUGCUCCCCCGGGACCCGCAGGGAGCCCUGCGAGCACGGGAAAGGCAAGAGGAGCGGCUUGGCUGACCUGAAGGGCUCCAUGAGCCGGGCGGCGGGGAAGAAGAUCACCAGGAUCAUCAGCUUCUCCAAGAAGAAGCCUUCUCCCGAGGACACGCAGACCUCCUCCACCGAGGAGGACAUCCCCUGCUGCGGUUACCUCAAUGUGCUGGUCAACCAGUGCUGGAAGGAGCGCUGGUGUCGCCUGAAGGACAACACACUCUACUUCCACAAGGACCGCACGGACUUACGGACCCACGUGAACGCCCUUGUCCUCCGGGGCUGCGAGGUGGUGCCGGGACUGGGCCCCAAGCACCCCUUCGCUUUCCGCAUCCUUCGCCACGGGCAGGAGGUGUCCGCACUGGAGGCAAGCUGCUUGGGAGAUCUAGGCCGCUGGCUGGGCCUUCUCUUGGUGGAGACCGGCUCCGCCACGGCGCCCGAGGCCUUGCACUACGACUACGUGGACGUGGAGACGAUCGCCAGCAUCGUGACGGCGGUGCGGCACUCCUACCUGUGGGCCAGCUCCUGCCAGGACGGCCGGGCGGACUCGUCGCGCGUGGUCUACGACGACGUGCCCUACGAGAAGGUCCAGGCCGAGGAGCCGCCAGCACGGCCGUCGGGAGCCCAGGUGAAGCGCCACGCGUCCUCCUGCAGCGAGAAGUCGCGGCGCGUGGACCCGCAGGUCACGGUGAAGAGGCACGCGUCGAAUGCCAACCAGUACAGGUACGGGAAGAACCGGGCGGAGGAGGAUGCCAGGCGGUUCCUGACAGAGAAGGAGAAGCUGGAGAAGGAGAAAGCGUCGAUCCGCAGCGAGCUGCUGCUGCUGCGCAAGGAGAAGCGGGAGCUGCGGGAGGCUCCGGGCGCGUGCGCGUGCGGAGCAGGGCAGCAGCUGCAGGAGCUGGAGCAGCGCGUGGCGGAGCUGGACGAGCGCUGCCGCCGCAACGAGCAGCGCCGCGUCGACCUGGAGCUCAAGCUGGGCGAAGUCAAGGAGCGGCUCAAGCAGUCGCUGGCCGGAGGGCCGGCCCUGGGGCUGGCCGUGACGGGCAAGGCUGAGAACGGGGAAGCAGCCAGCAAGCCCAACGGGAGCCCCCCUGAGCACUUGGUCCCCGUUAACUGUGCAGCGGAGAUGAGGAAGAGGAGCCCGUCCAUCCUCCCUGCCAACAAAGGCAACGUGCUGCGGAAGGCCAAGGAAUGGGAGCAGAAGCAGCCCUAAGCCGGGCUGCGGGAACGCCGG